AUGCCGGGGGAGCCCAGCUGUCCGCUGGCGCUUCUGCACCUGCUGUGGCUGCUGCCUCACGGCCAGUCUGGGGGUGCGCAAAACCACGGUGAGUCUCGGGUGCGCCGCAGCUGCGGGAUUCGGAACACAGACCCGGGGAGCGCUCGUCCUGGCGACCCAGGGCAGGGAGCUCGAGAAAAGCUGGGGUGUGGGGCGCCCCACGAGGUAACAGGACGCAGCCCGAGCCCCCUGCAAUGCAACAGAGUGGGGCCUCGGGGGGACCUGGCCUGUUUCUGGGGACCCCUUGGGGAUCAGGAAGCGCCCUCGGUACUGCACCUGGAAAGCAAGAAGUAUCACCCUGGCAGGAACUGGACUGUGGUGGUGCCCCCCGGACAGGCCUCAGUGACCGUGCCCCGGGAACACCUCAUCGCAGCAGACCGGCUCCUUGUCUGGGGGGCCGACGGGAGCCGGCGUCUCUGGGCCCCGAUCCUGGUGAACUUGGAAACUCAAAUGAAGCCAGAUCCCCCCACUGUGGGCCCCAAAAUGAAUUUCUCUGAGGACGACCCCUGGGAAGCCAGGAUCCAGUGGAUUCCCCCCACCUGGCCCCCACAUGAUUCACUGAUCUGCAGGUUCUACUACCGGCAAGGUCAAGAGGAGGCCUGGACCCAGCUGGACCCCGACCUGAGUUCCACUUCCUUGGACCCCGUGGAGAUCCGGGACCUGCAUCCUGCCUCAACCUACGAAGUGCUGGGCCAGUGCCGUGUGGACACGGCAGAGGAGGAGCUGUGGGGAGAAGCCAGCCCGGUGUUCUCCUUCUUCACGAGGCCGCCAGAUCCCAAGGAUGUGUGGCUCUCCGGGCACAGCUGUGGGGUGCCAAGCGGGCAGGAACCCCUGCUUCUGUGGAAGGCUCCAGUGAGCAGCGUCCCUACGAACUACAGGGUCUGGUUCCAAGUGGAGGACGCGCUGCAGAGCAGGGAGGGGGUCCCCUGCUGUCACUGCACCAUCCCCGCCCACGCGCGGUCAGCCGGGGUGUCCCUCGACCAAGUCAGCAGCCUGGAUCCCACCGCCAAUCUCUCUCUGAGCUGCCUGGCUCCAAGCUCCGCCCCUCGUGAUGUAUUGGUCAACACGGUGGCCAGCGCCCUGCUGGUGACCUGGAUUCCGGGCUCGAAGGAAUCUUGGGGACACGUGGUAGACUGGGUCCCAGACACAGACAAGAGGGGUGACCUCAGCUGGGUCCGGCUUCCCCCUGAGAAUCUCAGUGCUCUGUUGCCAGGGAACUUCGAAGAUGGGGUCCCCUAUCGGAUCACUGUUACCACCGUCUCCCCUCGGGGCUUGGCCUCGGCCCCUUCCGUCUGGGUGUUCAGAGAGGAACAAGCACCCCUCAGGGGUCCCACACUGCAGAGACUGCAGGAUGCUUCCCCGGGGACCCCCACCGUAGCCUGGGAAGAGGUGCCACGUCACGACCUUCGGGGUCACCUCACCCACUACACCCUGUGCGUCCGGACAGAGAAAUGGGCUGCAGUGUCCUGUAGGAAUGUGACUGGCAGCAACAGGACCCUCCUGCUGCCCGGCCUUCCCUGGGGUUCCUGCGAGGUGUGGAUGACAGCGUCCACCAGGGCUGGAGAAGGUCCUCCAGGCCCCAGCCUCUGGUUUCACCUGCCAGAUAACAGCCUGAGUUGGAAGAUGGUCCCAGUGUUCAUCAUUCUCUCCUGCGCCUUCCUGAUGGGCCUGGUCUACAAAAUGUUCUUCCGCCGAGUGUGGGAAAAGACUCCGGAUCCUGCCAACAGCCGUUUCUACUGCGGCCAGAACCGCCUGGAGGAGCUACCUGCCGCGCAGCCCCCUGUGGACUUACCUUUCCUAGAAGUGCAGGAGGUGGAGCCUCUUCCCCAGCCGGAGCCCCCGCAGGCCCCGAAGCCACUCAACACCGGGUACGAGAAGCAUUUCCUGCCCACGCCCGAGGAACUGGGCCUCCUGGCCCCAUAUUCCCCAGUCCGGGAUGACGGAUGCUCGGUGGGUACGUGAAGAGGAUCAGAGAGACUGAAACAGUUCCCCAGAACGCCGACAGAAAUGGCUCCCAACCUGGCAGGGGAGCUAGGAACCCCUCUGGGAGUUUGGGGGAUGAUUCUGGAGAGACUAGAGACUGUGCAGCUUCGACCAAGCCACCCACCCAGCACGACAACCCUCUCCAACAUCGUCAU